AUGGGUGUGGCUGCUCAUUUAUUCCUAGCUUGUUCCCUUGUUGGGGGGUCGCUGGCUUCAUAUUCGCUAGUCGAUAACUUCGAGGGAUCAACAUUUUUCUCAAACUUCGACUUCUUCACCGGGGAAGACCCAACCCAUGGAUUUGUCAAGUACGUAGGGGAGGAGGAAGCUUGGUCUGCAGGUUUAAUCGAUUUCGAGUCUCGAUAUGAUGGUAGCACGGUGGUGCGUAUGGGUGCCGACCACACGAAUAUCACCCCAGAUGGCCGACCGAGCGUGAGGAUAUCAAGCAAGAAGAGUUAUAAUCAGGGCCUCUGGAUCAUCGAUUUCGAACAUGUCCCUGGGCCUGCAUGUGGAAUAUGGCCAGCUUACUGGCUCCUGGGACCCAACUGGCCAACGAAUGGAGAAGUGGACAUCUAUGAAGGUAUCAAUCUUGAUCUCUCCAACACUAUGACCCUCCAUACUGGCCACAAUUGCACUAUAUCAAAGGAUGUCCAGUUCACAGGCAGGUUAACGACACCUUACUGUGACCAGAACGCUCCUCCACCAUUAGGUGGCAAUGGCUGCACAAUCAAGACAGACGAUCCAACAAGCUACAGCAGCGGUUUGAACAUUGCUGGGGGAGGUGUGUAUGCGACUGAAUGGACAACCGAAGACCUCAAGAUCUGUUUUUUUCCUAGAAUAGCCGGCAUCCCAAGCGAUAUCAGGAAUGGCAAUCCAGACCCUUCAAACUGGGGAACACCAGCCGCGCUUUUUACCGGAAACUGUAGCUUUACAGAAAGCUUCAGAGAUAUGCAAAUAAUAUUUGACAUUACCUUUUGCGGUGACUGGGCAGGAAGUCCAAAAAUCUGGGAGGAAACCCCUUGCUCCGCCGUCACUACGGAGUGCAAGACGUUUGUCGAGAAUUACCCGCAUGCAUUCGAGGAAGCAUACUGGGCUAUCAAAUACCUGAACGUCUACCAGGAGCCAACGGAGGCACAACUAGGCCAAAAGCUGCAUAACCAAUGGCAGCAUAGGCGAGCGCAUCAUUGCCGGCACUCGCUACGCUGA